UAAAAUUUGAGAUCGUUAUUUUGCCCUUCGCCAACCUUAGGUCCUAGCGAGUAGCGGCUACUCUGUCCCGCUCUCUGAACCCGUCUCCUUCAUCCUCCGCCGCCGCCUCCUCGGCCUCCUCCGCCUCCGCCUCCGCCGCCGCACAAAGCGAGGUUCUCUAAUCUCGACGAAAAUGGAUCCAAAAAACUCAGCUGAAAUGUCCAAGCAUUUGGAGAAGCAAAGCGAAGUGCUUAUGGAAGCAUACAGGGCAAUGUCCCAUGAGCUACACAGACUUCAGGUGGAAGAAGAAAUGCUGAUGCAUAAACUAUACCAGCUGAUGUCUGCUGAAGGCCUGAUUAAGAAGGAUAAGAAAGGAGUGCAGCAGAAAUCAGAGAAGGAUUCAAGUGAAUCAGCGCAGGGAAUUUAAUGUGUCGUGUGAACAUGAACAGGGCCGUCUCGCCUCAACAAGUGGAUUGGACUCGGUCGGUCUUUGAUGCCGAUCUACUCUUAGCACCAUUCUUCUUCUUGAUGACAGAUCGAUCAUUAAUUUCUGCUCGUGGUUGAAUCAUGAGGAUCCCCCCAUUCACGGAAAUGGCGAGCUCGGAUGUUCGUCUGUAGCCAAUUUACUGAAGAGAGUUUUUCUUUUUUGAAAUAGUUUGGAUUAGUUUUUUUUUGUGUUCGAUUAUCUGCAUUGUAGUUUGAUAACCCCCACACGGAAUCGGUGUACAAAUAGCUAAGUAUCAUCUAAAAGUAUAUCAAUGUGUAAAUGUUUAACUUAUAUUUUCUUUCAUAUGCUUGAUAAUAACAAAAAGUUGUUUCUAA